AUGCUGGUUUUCUUAGGACUGCUCACCUCCUUCCUUUCUUUCCUGUAUGUGACAGCUCCAUCCAUCAGGAAGUUCUUUGCUGGUGGGGUCUGUGGAACAAACAUGCAGCUUCCCGGGAAGGUGGUGGUGAUCACCGGUGCCAACACAGGCAUCGGCAAGGAGACAGCCAGAGAGCUUGCUCGCAGAGGAGCCCGAGUAUACAUUGCCUGCCGAGAUGUACUGAAGGGGGAGUCUGCUGCCAGUGAAAUCCGAGCUGAUACAAAGAACUCCCAGGUGCUGGUACGGAAACUGGACCUAUCUGAUACCAAAUCCAUCCGAGCCUUUGCUGAGGGCUUCCGGGCAGAGGAAAAGCAGCUUCAUAUUCUGAUCAACAAUGCAGGAGUGAUGAUGUGCCCAUAUUCCAAGACAGCUGAUGGCUUUGAAACCCACCUGGGAGUCAACCACCUGGGCCACUUCCUUCUCACCCACUUGCUCCUGGGGCAGCUGAAGGAGUCCGCUCCUGCACGGGUGGUGAACCUGUCAUCAGUGGUCCACCUCGCUGGCAAGAUUCGCUUCCAUGACCUCCAGGGUGAGAAGUCCUACAACCGGGGUUUUGCUUAUUGCCACAGCAAGCUGGCCAAUGUGCUCUUUACUCGUGAGCUGGCCAAGAGGCUCCAAGGCACGGGGGUCACCACCUACGCAGUGCACCCAGGCAUCGUCCGCUCCGAACUGGUCCGACACUCCUUCUUGCUGUGCCUGCUCUGGCGGCUCUUCUCUCCCAUCCUCAAGACAGCGAGGGAGGGGGCCCAGACCAGCCUGCACUGCGCCUUGGCUGAGGGCUUGGAGCCCCUGAGCGGCAAGUACUUCAGUGACUGCAAGAAGACUUGGGUGUCUCCAAGGGCCCGGAAUAACAAAACGGCUGAGCGCUUGUGGAACGUCAGCUGCGAGCUGCUGGGAAUCCGGUGGGAGUAGAGCUGGUGGAGUAGGCACAGCUGUAUCAGGCCCAGUCUACAACAUAAGGAAAGGGGACCGAGGA